UAAAGUUUUAGACGACAUCGCGGAGACGCUUGAACAAGCGCACUGUUUGGACUCAAAGAGACGACCAAAAUAAUGAAGCUCCUGCUGCUCAUCCUCACGCUGAUGACAGGUUGUGCUGUCGAUGGUGAUGAUGAAGAUGAAGUGGAGGCAUGCAAACAAGGAUGGGUUCAAUUCACCUGCAAAUAUCCUGGAGCAAAAAAAAAAUAUGACCACGUCAAUGUAGUUAUUCCCAAUAGAACAAGCUUACGAAGCUCUCUGAAGGAUGUUUGGGAAGAUAAAGGCAGAUUUUCUCUGUACCAUGAUACAAAACAUAAAACUCUCAUGGUGGGCAUCAGAGAUCUUAAACAAAGAGACUUUGGGAUAUACAGAUGUGAAUUUGAUCAAGGCUCAAACAGAUCUCCUGUCAAAAAGAAAUUGGAAUCUGAAAAGUGCCAGCAGCCAUUUACUCAAACUGUGACCAAAGCAGCUAACAUCAAGUGUCAUCCAGAUGAUGAUUUCAAGUUCGGGGUCCAGUUUUUCUGCAGAGGGGAGAAUUUCGCCUGUAAGGAUAUUUUAUCAACAAAAGGUCAGAGGUUAAACGGGAAAUUCAGACUCACAAACACCAACAGAGACUUCAACGUGUCCAUCAGUGGUGUUUCCUCACAGGACGCUGGUGUCUACUGGUGUGGAGUGGAAUCAAAGGAUGGAAGCUACAGAGUUUCAGUCAGACAAAUAAAACUGGAGGUUGAAGACCCUUCCACUACAUCCUCCACUACAUCCUCCACUACAUCCUCCACUACAUCACUGAAUCCUUCAUCUCCAGCCACCAGUUCUACAACCCAGACACCUCCUGUGACAGCUGGUUCUCCUUUAACUGUGGUCAUCACUGCGGCUGUCCUCGUUGCUCUCCUGCUACUUGUGGUUAUUGCGGUUUUCACCUACAAAUGUUUUUCAUGGUCAAAACACAGAAAGAAUGGAGAGGCACAGAACAAAGAAGAUAAUAUCUAUGAGGCAAUACACGAGUCUUCCCAGAAGUUCGUCACAACACCUGCAAUGAAAACAGUUUAUGCCACUACCAACUUCCCCACAAACCCAUCUUUCUUCAUGCAUGAAUCCAAAGUCAACGUUAAAAACAUCUCUGGUGAGGCUGACUCUGAUACAGAUUGUAGUCAGUGGAAACCAGGCCAGCAUGAUACGAAGUCUACAGCAAAUCAUCCAUCCAGAGUUUCAAUUGACAAUUUCUACUCCCUGUCGUUGCCAUGCCACUGCGGCACUGAGAAGGGUUAAGUCCUGACUGCUCCUCUAUUUACUGCUUGCUUUCUAGCUAUUAAAAUUUGAUGAUCUGGGAAAUUUCAAACCUUUUCUUGAUGCAUUCAAAAUCUAUAAGAACUUUUCAGCUGUACAGAUCUAGGGCAGUGACCUGGGUGGGAAUGAAUGUGAUUAUUUUGCCAGAUCCUAUGUUAUUUACGUUUAUAUUUUUUUCCUUUAUUUCACUUUUGUAAUCCUUCUCUUCUCUAUUUGUUUAUAUGUAUGAAGGAAAUAUUCUUAAUAAAAAAGCCAUUGUUUAAAAUGAUGAUCUGAAAAAUGUAAGAUGUAAA